CCACACCAGUGCCGCCCAUGGAUACCUACAACACCAGAGGUCACAGGUACCUAGUCGGCUUUUUAAAAAGGAAAAUUAUAAAUGAGUUUUAAGAUAGGUGAGCAAAGUGCAAAUUUCCAUGUGAAACCAACGAUGAGUUAGUGCCGCAUAUUGUUUGUUUACCCACUAGCGAGUGCGCGGCAGAGCGCGGCCGCCGGCCCGUGGGGGAGGGGCUCUGGCACCUCGCCAAGUCGCCACCGGAACGCGGUCACUCACCAAAACAUACUGAUUUCUCGAGAAAAAUAAGAAACCACAGCGCAUCGCUCGCAGAGCUCGGCGGUACGUGGACUGUGUUGGUUAUACUACACGUUCAGCUGCUACCGAUAAGGACCCGCUUGCUGCGGCCGCAACAUUGAGGUCGCAUGAGCUGUGACCUGCACCGCGCGGCGCACUGUCCUCUUGUCCUCGUUUCGAAGUGAGGCCAAGCGAGAGCUGCGGCAGAUGCUGCGCACGCACAUCCAUACCAACUAACUGAAUUGUGGUGUAACGCCUACUCCAAGGUCCCUAGAGUUGUAGAACAAGAAGCAUGUCCCCGUGAGUGGCCCAUGGACGCGGUGUACCCGCCCUCGGCGUCGGCGCUGGCGCGCGGCCGCCGCCUGCGCCGCGCCGACACGCGCCUGCGCCAGCGCACCACGCCCGUUACCUUCGCCGAGAUCAAGGAGGUGGACGAGGAGAGCGCGGAGGUGGAGGUGUGCGGGGAGCGGCGGCGGCCCGACGUGCUGGAGGAGCGGCUCGGCCGGCAGUUCGCCGAGUUCCGGCGCCGGCGCGCGCGCCGCGACCUGCUGCUAGAGCACGAGUCCCCGCCGCCCGCGCCCGCCCCGCACCCCGCGCCGCACCCCGCGCAGGGACUGCCGCGCGCCGGCAGCGAGCCCGCCGAACUGCACCGCCAGGCGCAACCCUGACUCUUGUUCAAGCAGAAAUAAAAAACUGAAGUGAAGCUAUUUUGACGCCGGUAUUUGCUAUUAUGCCACAUUAUGGGUAAUCUGUACCGUGCACGUCGUCAAGUCGGAAGGAAUUUGGUAUAACAAACUUUUUUCUGAGAAACACGAAGGUAUACCCGGUAGCAAUGAUUUCUUAAAUCUUAAGCUAUAAAUUAUAGGGACACUUCGUGGCCAAAUAACUAGAAAAUGUGAUGACCACGCGGGAACAGGACAGCGAUGUACGUUGGGUGCAGUCAUUACAGUGAAAUAAAACACGCUGGGACUGUAUUCAAGUGUUGUAUUAUCAAUGUACAAUAUAAUAAAUAGCUGUGGCCCGCCUCGCGGGACUCAAUAAAUACAAGUUCUAUGUGGCUACACUAGCUCUGUAUCUGUACAACUGUACACCACGUUCACCUAUCCUAAAUUAUGUAUAUUAUUUAUAAAAAGUAUCAACAAUUUUCCCUACUAAAUUGUCCUCGUUAUAUCAGGCUUAUUUAUAUUACAUUAACUUAAUUGUAAACAGUCAUAAACAGUUUCCGUAUUGUUCUAAAUUGAUUUCGUUUACGUAGGCAAGUGACAUAAUGCGCGUCCGCUGCGCAUGCGUGUCGCUGUAACAAUAUAACAAUAUCUUACUGCAGUAGUUGGCACCUCGUCGUGGACCUCGCCACGGUAACUAACGAGUAACAACAUACAAAAACUAAUAUUAUUCAUAAUAAUUUAUUAUCGUAGGGGCACUGCUUAGUCUAACUCGGGCGGCAACGUCUCUAUGUACAACUUGUCACUAAUCUAGGGGCCGUACACGGUACGGCGGUAUACAUUCAACUGUAAAUAUAAUUGUAGCAAUAUAAUCGACUCGUAAAUAUUCUUAUGUCAAUAUUUUUCUAAAUAAAUAAUUAAUUUGUCAUAA